GCUCCCGGAAGCGGCCCUGCCUCGGGUGGCCGGCUCGGGGGCUCUGGAUGACCGCGGGCCGGGCACACCGGGGCAGACCGGGCCAGCCCGCAGCCGGCGCCGGGAUGGUGCAGCUGUACAAUCUGCACCCGUUCGGGUCGCAGCAGGUGGUGCCCUGCAAGCUGGAGCCGGAGCGCUUCUGCGGCGGGGGUCGCGAUGCGCUCUUCGUGGCGGCGGGCUGCAAGGUGGAGGCGUUCGCGGUGGCCGGCCAGGAGCUGUGCCAGCCGCGGUGCGUCUUCUCGACGCUCGGCCGGGUGCUGCGCCUGGCCUACAGCGAGCCAGGUGACUAUUUGGUAACCAUUGAAGAGAAGAACAAAGAGACGUUUCUGCGUGCUUAUAUCAACUGGAGGAGUAAGAGGACGGAAAACUCUCGAGUGUGCAUCCGAAUGGUGGGGCACCACGUGGAGGUGCCCUUCCUGGAGACCUUGCGAGACCAGAUGUCCAUAGUGGAGAUGCCGCUCUCGGAAGCUCCCUUGUGCAUUUCCUGUUGCCCCGUCAAAGGGGACCUUCUUGUUGGCUGCACAAAUAAAUUAGUCUUAUUUAGUUUGAAGCAUCAGACCAUUAAUGAGGAAUUCUCGAUGUUGGACUUUGAGCGUUCCUUAAUUGUGCACAUAGAUAGGAUGUGUCCUGUUGAAAUUUCUUUCUGUGUUGGAUAUGUUGCUGUCAUGUCAGACUUAGAAGUCCUAAUCCUAAAACUGGAGCCAGACCCCAAAACUGGAGAGAGAGCUAACCACCAUGCGGAGGGGACCAAGAGUCCAGUGGAGCAGACUGAACAAGGUAUCAAGGACGACACAGCUCAGCUCGAGUCAGAUGACUUUGUCGUGUGCCAGAAGCCCAUGGAGCUGCUUGGUGAAAAAAGUGAACAGUCGGGGAUAUCUGUCACACUGGAGUCCACAGGAUUAUCUGAGGACAAAGUGAAAUAUUCCCACGUUCAGCAUCUGUUUUAUAGACGUUUUGCUCCUGAUAUUUCCCUCUGUGCCUUUUCUGACGACAUUAAGUUGCAUUCCCUUCAGUUGCUCCCGGUUUACCGAACAGGUUCUCUUACAUCAGAUGGAAAAACCUCGUCUCAGGAAAAGGAGUUGCUGAGUCUCUUCUGCUUCUUCUCGCUACCUCACGCGGGCUACCUCUACAUGAUUGUCAAGUCUGUUGAGUUGAUGUCCAUCUACCAGUACCCGGAGAGGGCUCAGCAGGCCGUGCUCACACCGCAGUUCCUGCACGUCAUCACAAGCAACAACCUGCAGUGUUUCACGGUGCGAUGCAGUGCCGCGGUGGCCCGGGAGGAGGACCCGUACAUGGACACCACCCUGAAGGCUUGCCCUCCUGUCAGUAUGGAUGUCUGUGCUUUAAGAAUACAGCUGUUCAUAGGCCUGAAAGCUCUCUGUCACUUUAAAAACCACAUUGUGCUUUUGACCAAGGCGGACCCUGAGCCUAUUCCACAGAGAAGAGAGUCCACCAGGAGGUUUCUUUCUAGGAAAGAUACCAGUGCUAAGAUGAAAGUGCCUCCCGUGGCUGAGGCGGGGUGGAGUCUGUACAUCGUGAAUACCGUCUCGCCAGUGCAGCUCUACAGAGAAAUGGUAGAGUAUAGUAAUACCUACAAGACUAUAAAAACCCAGAGCUGCAUCCACCUUCUCAGUGAGGCUCAUCUGUUGGUGAGGGCAGCCCUGAUGGAUGCCAGUCAGCUGGAACCGGAAGAGAAGGAAGAACUCUUAGAAGCAUUUAAAGAAAGUUGUGGACACCUGGGAGACUGUUACAGCAGGCUUGACACCCAGCAUUCCCACCUUGCCUUACCAUACUAUAAGAUGUCGGGUUUGUCUAUGGCUGAAGUUUUGGCACGUGUGGAUUGGACAGGAGACAGUGAAUCACAGAAAUAUGAGAGGGGAUUAAUCUUUUUUAUUAAUCAUUCGCUUUAUGAAAACCUGGAUGAAGAAUUAAGUGAAGAAUUUGCAGCGAAAGUGGUUAAGAUGUUUUAUGUGACUGAACCAAAGCAGCUGCCCCAUAUUCUUUGUAGUCCUUCUAUGAAGAAUAUUAAUCCUGUAACUGCCAUGAGCUACCUGAGGAAGAUGGAUACUUCUGGGUUUUCAUCUGUCUUAGUGACACUGACCAAGGCAGCAGUGGCAUUGAAAAUGGGAGAUCUUGACACGUACAGAAAUGAAAUGAAAAGCCAUUCAGAGAUGAAGUUGGUAUGUGGCUUCAUUUUGGAACCACGCCUGUUGCUUCAACACAGGAAGGGCCAGGGUGUUCCAACCGAGUUUGCGGCUCACUUGAAGGAGACUCAGCCCGGAUUGCUGGUGGCUUCCAUGCUUGCCCUGCAAAAGAACAACAAAAUUGGGGUGGAAGAAGCGGAUUCUUUCUUUAAGGUGCUCUGUGCUAAGGGAGGAGAUACCAUCCCUCAGCUCUUGGUAGACUUUUGGGAAGCUCAGCUGGUGGCAUGUGUCCCCGACGUGGCACUUCCAGAACUACUUUUCAAGCUCACAUCACAGUACAUCUGGAGGCUGUCUCAGAGGCAGCCCCCCGACACUACACCCUUGCGAACGUCAGAGGAUCUGAUAAAUGCUUGUAGACAUUAUGGCUUAAUAUACCCAUGGGUUCACAUCUUAAUAUCAUCCGAGUCUUUGGAUGAUAAAAACUAUGCAGAAGACCUUUCAAAAUUACAGUCCCUUAUUUGUAGUCCUUCAUUUGACAUAGCUUCCGUUCUUCCGUUCCUGGAGCCACUGUCGGAGGACACGGUCGCGGGCCUCAGCGUCCACGUCCUGUGUCGUACCCGCCUGAAGGAGCAUGAGCAGUGCAUCGACACCCUGUUGGAGAGAUGCCCGGAGGCUGUCAUCCCGUAUGCUAAUCACGAACUGAAAGAAGAGAACCGGACCUUGUGGUGGAAGAAACUGCUGCCUGAACUUUGUCAGAGAAUAAAAUAUGGUGGCGAGAAAUACCAGCUUCAUCUGUCGUCAUUAAAAGAAACGUUGUCCGUUGUUGCUGUGGAACUGGAACUGCGGGACUUCUUGAGUGUUCUCCCAGAAGAUGGCGCUGCAGCGUUUUUCUUGCCCUAUCUUCUUUACUGCAGUCGGAAAAACUCACUGACUUGAAGGUCUCGUGCGGAAAGGAACACAGUCCUGUAUGAGACUCGAGUUUUUAUAUUCUGAAUGCCAGGUAAAAACAGAAGCAAAUAAUUUUUUGUGUCAUAUAAAUAUAUGUUUACAGAUGUUUCCAGGCUAAGGUAAGCCUCAGAUUGUAGUGGCAACCAGCAGUUUGCUAAUUUAUAACCUGAAUUCAUUUAAUUGCCUAUUCUGUUAAGCAAGCAAACAAAAGGCUUCAAGAUAUAAGAAUUCUUCAAAAAUGCCAUGCAUUUUAAAAGGUGGCUUUUAUUCCAAGAAACAGCAAUAACUCGUUGUUGUUGGAGAAAUGACAAUCAUUUUCCAUCCUAGGGACAUUUUAAGGAAACAUUUUACAAGGAUACAAAAUCAUCUUCUUGGUCUUCCCAGAUUUCUCUACUGGAGUAGUUAAUAAAAAAAAUUUUUUUUGGAAAGAUGUUAAUGUUUUGCCACGUUAAGACGAUUUCAAUCCUUAUUUUCUUGUUGACUCUUGGAACUCAUGCUGUUUCUCUCUGAAUCAAAUGAAGAAAUUGACAAGGCAAACCUCUUUUCUGCCUCAGCAUGGUUUGUUGAAUGCAUGCGUUUUUAGCCAAAGCCUUGUUUCUAGUUUUUGUUAAUAUAUUUUCUUGCUCUUUAAAGAGUAAAAUUGUGAAAAUAAAGAAAUACCCACAUA